ACAACGCACAGUGUUAGAAGGUUAGGCUAGUUGUCAUGCUUGAAUGUGGGUAGGGACACCACCAGGACAAAAGUGCGAGGGAACACAACAGUAUUUGUUUGUGUCUAUCAGGAAAGUGAAAGAAUGUCUGCUGGGUGGAUCUUUGAAGACACAGUGAGUUUCAGUUAGAGACACCCAUUCAAUCCUGUCACACAUUUACUCGCCGCUUGAACAACAUGAAGACGCUUUUCAGUCUGCUCGUUAUACUUCUCACUUUACACUCAGUAAAUACACUGCAGUGUUAUGUAUGCAGCUCCUCAACAUCUAAUGAUGACUGCAACAAGAACUCUCAGGAGUGCCAGGCUCCCUUUGACACCUGCAUGACCACUGUCGCCAAAUUAGGAACGGUUAAAGGCAUUGCGAAGACCUGUACCAAUUCAAAAAUCUGUACAGGGGCUGCAUCCGUGGCCACCGUGGACAAUAGUGGAAACGGCGUUUCAGUUUCUUGCUGUAACAGUCGUCUGUGCAAUUACAGCGGAGCUACGAGUAUUAAAGUUCACCGACUGCUGAUGCUUCUGCCGAUGUUCCUCGUGUCCCUUCUCAUCAAACAGUACACAUGAGGAGUUAAUCACAUCACAUCCUGGACUAAACAACUUUGUUUAUAGACAAUAUCUUCACUGAGAAUUCACCUACUGAGCCUUUAAUCAUCAUGAAAACUUACAUUAUUGAUUUGGUAACAAGCAGAUAUUUGUUUUUGAUUUAAACAUUAAGUUAACAAGUCAAGAUUAUUAACACUAGAUUGAAGACUAUUAAGAUGAGAAAUGCAUUACAUGGGAGUGAAAAUUCCAAUGAGUUUGUUUAUCUGAGAAUCUCAGGAACUCGAAACUAGCAAGACGUGCAAAAAUACUAGGGCACGUGAAAACAAAAGACUGUGUGUAAUAUAGUGUUAACACAACUGCUUCUUUCAUAUCAACAUGGGCGUUUAGAUGCCUACAUAAUUACAUAUAUUUAACAGUUUAAGCCGCCUGUACCUUUAAGAAUGAAAGCUGCAUUGAUAAUAUAGAAAAUAUGUAAAUGAUAAA